GCAGGCUUCUCCUGAUGCUCCCUGUCUCUCCUAGGCUGCCGCUCCCUGUGCACUCAGCAUGAUCCCAGGGCAGGGCCCCGUGCUGCAGGCGGUGCUGGGGACCCUCCUCACCUGGGGGCUGACAGCUGCUGGCUCAGCAUUGGUGUUCAUCUUCUCCAGCGGGCAGAGGCGGAUCCUGGAUGGGAGCCUGGGCUUUGCUGCAGGGGUCAUGCUGGCUGCCUCCUACUGGUCCCUCCUGGCCCCGGCUAUUGAGAUGGCCGAGCACUCUGGCAGCUUUGGAGCCUUCGCUUUCGUCCCCGUGGCCGUGGGCUUUGCUCUGGGAGCAGCUUUUGUUUUCUUUGCUGACCUGCUCAUCCCGGUGCUGGGUUUCAGCGGACCCCCCUCCACCGUGUUUGCCUUGAGCUGCGACCCGCGAGCGGCGAAAGAGAAGUGUGAGCAGGAUCCUGCCUGCUGGCCAGACCAUGAGAGCGAGCUGUCCAUCCGGAUAGGUAGAGCUGGGCACCAUCCAGGCAAGCAUCCUGUCAUAUACCACCCGCAGAGCGUUUGGGAAUGCCCCUCUUAAGCUGGCACCCAGGCUGUAACGUAUGUGAUUGACAUUGGCUUGGUUUUGACACGUGCGUGCAAAGUGCACCUCCUCUUCCCUUUCUGGGUCUGUCUCUGUGCUGGCUUUCAUUCCAAGAAUCAUCAUUUCUGUUUCUACUUCACUUCUCAAAACCACUUGCACGUCUGCCUGUGGCUAUGAAUUAUUGAUAAUUAGAUAUCUAAUUCACCGGGGAAAUGAAAUCAUCAGCUCAGCCUGAGAUAAGUUUACUCUGAGCGUGGGCACAGCCAGCACUGCCCUGCCCUCGGUGCUCAGUGCCAUACGGAGGUUCCUGCUCUGCUGACCCUCGGUGCCCUCCCUAAUUACAGAUGAGAGCCGACGGUCGUGCUGUCACUCCUCAUUUUGGAAGCUAAUAGGAUUUCAGCUGCCAAAGCGAGGAGUGAAGUGUCUCCUUGGCAGCUCUUUCCCUUUGGAGAGCUUUUAAAGAAGGAACUCCCAGUUUGGAGUGGUGGAAGCUCGCCAGGUUUCCAAUGUCCGUGGUGUGUGUGUGUGUGUGGGGACGGGGUGCCAUGCCCUAUGUAAAUCCUCUGUGCAGCACAGCUUGCUGUUCUGCUGCACUUCAGUCUUUCUCUAGGCGAAGAAAACGUAAUUUAGAGAAUUAAUCUUAUUGCCCCUCUGCUUUAUCUUGGUUGGCAAUAGGGUGAAAUGCUGUUAUAGUUGUCAGUAAUUGGGUGCGGGCUGAGAUGAAGAAACGAUCCUUUUUGCAAAGAAUAGCACUAUCCUCGUACACCAGGCUCUGUUAUUUAACAGCAUUGCUUAAUUGCAUGUUUCAUAAAAUGUUUCAAAUCUGUGGAUUCUUCAGGAUUUGAAAUGCCAGCUUGCAUUUCCCCA